GGCGGUCGGCUGCCGCAGCAGGAGAAGCAGAAAGCAUGGCGAUCGUGGCAGCACUCGUCGCGCCCACGGCGAGUCCUCUCAGGCUCGCCGGCGGGCAGCGGUAUCGCAGCAACUGGCGCGUCGCGGCGGCGUCCUCCUCGGCGGCGGCGGCCGGGGUGGACCUCAAGGCGCUCGGGGCCGCCAUCGAUAAGAAGGACAGCGAGGAGGCCAAGCAGGCGCUGGACCAGCUCAAGGAGCUCGGCUGGGCCAAGCGGUGGAGCUCGCAGCCCUACAUGUCACGCCGCACGACAUCUCUGAGAGAACUCACCACGCUCGGGAUAAAGAACGCCGAGAACCUCGCCAUCCCAAGUGUUAGAAACGAUGCAGCGUUUCUGGUCACGGUCGUCGGAACCACCAGUUUCUUGGCCGUCAUUGCAGGCCAGCUCCCUGGGGAUUGGGGCUUCUUUGUUCCCUACUUGAUCGGAAGCAUUUCGCUGGUAGUAUUGGGUGUCGGUAGCAUUUCUCCAGGUCUUCUGCAGGUCGCAAUCGGCUCCUUUUCUUCCGCUUUCCCUGACUACCAAGAGAGGAUUGCCAGGCAUGAAGCUGCACAUUUUCUGAUUUCCUAUUUGACUGGCCUACCGAUCCUGGGGUAUUCUUUGGACAUCGGGAAGGAGCAUGUUAAUUUGGUCGACAAGCAAAUAGAGAAGUUGAUAUACAGUGGCAAACUUGAUCAAAAGGAACUGGACAGGUUAGCUGUAAUCACAAUGGCCGGACUGGCUGCUGAAGGUCUGGAGUAUGACAAGGUCGUCGGCCAAUCAGCCGACCUGUUCAGUCUUCAGAGAUUCCUGAAUAGGACUAAGCCACCCCUUACUAAAGAUCAGCAACAGAACCUUACCAGAUGGGCAGUCCUGAUUGCUGCUUCGCUUCUGAAGAACAACAAAGCGGCUCACGAUGCUUUGGUGUCUGCGAUGUCGCAGAAGGCCACCGUGCUGGGUUGCAUCGAGGCAAUAGAGAAUGCCUCUUGAUUAGAAUGUAGUAAUGCAGUCUUGUGUCCUAAGUCCUAACAUGAUGGAAGUGGUUAUUUUUGAGAUAAAAAUGGAAAGAUAUAUAAUCAAGCACUGAAAAGAAUGGUGUUCUUCUUUAUUUGUAUAUGUACAUGUCAGUCUCACAAUCUGAAACACAACCUUCAGUUCCUCAUUGUUUAGCAGUAGUUUCCUGAGACGUUCCUCGACUUGUUGACUUCUGAAGGCUGACUGAAGUUUGUAUAGAUACAGAGCACUGUAAUUAAGCAAAAGACAGCAACCAGAUGCACUGGAAGUCAAGGGCACAAUUUUCUCGUUCAAA